CGUUACACGACAAUUGUAAUUCCGAUUCCAAUUCAAAGCGAGUCAAAAACUUGUUCGACUCUUUUAUCCUACGCACUCCUCUCUGUUUAUCCUGCGCAUCUUUCCCCGGUUUUGGAACCGAGAUCUUCCCCUCCACACCCUCACUCUCAAUUCCUCCAUUUUUCUAUUUCAGUGGGAAAGAGCCAUGAGUUGUUUCAGCUGUUGCGAAGAGGAUGACUUUCAUAAGGCUGCCGAAAGUGGAGGACAAUAUGUUGUAAAAAAUUCAGCAGGGAAUGAUGGAAAUCAUCAUGCUUCUGAAACUGCAAAGCAGGGUGCUCAGCCUGUGAAAGUUCAGCCCAUUGAAGUUCCUGAUAUAGCAGCAGAUGAACUAAAAGAAGUAACCGAUAAUUUUGGUCAAGAUUCUCUGAUUGGAGAGGGAUCCUAUGGAAGAGUAUAUUAUGGUGUUCUUAAAAGUGGGCAAGCUGCAGCAAUCAAGAAGUUAGAUGCCAGUAAACAGCCUGAUGAGGAAUUUUUAGCACAGGUUUCAAUGGUAUCAAGGCUGAAGCAUGAAAAUUUUGUUCAAUUACUUGGAUAUUGCAUUGAUGGAAGCUCCCGUAUUCUUGCUUAUGAGUUUGCAUCUAAUGGGUCUCUUCAUGAUAUUUUGCAUGGCAGAAAAGGUGUUAAGGGAGCACAGCCUGGUCCAGUUUUGACAUGGGCACAGAGAGUAAAAAUUGCUGUAGGGGCUGCAAGAGGACUUGAAUACUUGCAUGAGAAGGCUGAUCCCCAUAUUAUCCACCGAGACAUCAAGUCAAGCAAUGUGCUAAUCUUUGAUGAUGAUGUUGCUAAAAUUGCAGACUUUGAUUUAUCAAAUCAGGCUCCAGAUAUGGCUGCACGUCUUCAUUCUACUCGUGUCCUUGGAACCUUUGGUUAUCAUGCACCAGAAUAUGCAAUGACUGGACAAUUGAAUGCUAAGAGUGAUGUAUACAGUUUUGGUGUUGUCCUUCUGGAACUUCUGACUGGAAGGAAACCCGUUGAUCAUACACUACCACGUGGACAGCAGAGUCUAGUUACUUGGGCUACACCAAAACUCAGCGAGGAUAAAGUCAGGCAGUGUGUUGAUGCAAGACUAGGAGGAGAAUAUCCACCCAAAGCUGUUGCUAAGAUGGCUGCUGUUGCUGCACUGUGUGUGCAAUACGAAGCUGAUUUCAGACCAAACAUGAGCAUUGUAGUCAAAGCUCUUCAACCUUUGUUGACUGCACGACCUGGACCUGCUGGUGAAACACCAAAUUAAUCUCUCUCUAUCUCUUUCUCUUAAAUAUAUCUGUGAGUAUGUGCACGAGUGUGCAUACAAAAUAUAAGAGACUGGUUCAGAGGCUGGUGGUAAAUUGAUAUGGCUUUAUAUCCCAUUGUUUACACUGCAUUCAUUUUGUUCAUAAUCCAUGAGGUUCUUUGCGGUUUCCAUGCUUUUAUUCUUUUUAAUGUAUUUGUUUUCUUGAUUUGUUUUUUCUUUCCACCCCUCACCGCUGAGAUGCUUGGCAUUUUUACAAUUAAGUGUUGGGAAAACUACGAAACAGAAUUGAGUAUAAUCAUUAGCUAAGAGCAAGUCAGUGGACUAUCUCCACUGGAAAACAAUCACUGGCAAAGGCCCGUUCUUAUUAGAUUGAUUCUUUGACCUGUCUUUAAAGAUGUGAUUUAAUUUAAAAUAA